CUAGCUUUUGUCUUUUAAAAAGUGCUUUGAUUUUGUGAAUUAGAGAGUCAAUGUCGGGUCGAGGAAAGCAGGGAGGUAAAGUAAGGGCGAAGGCUAAGUCUCGUUCUUCGAGAGCUGGGCUACAGUUCCCUGUAGGUCGUGUGCACCGUCUUCUCCGCAAAGGUAACUAUGCUGAGCGGGUGGGGGCUGGCGCCCCGGUCUAUAUGGCCGCGGUGUUGGAGUAUCUGACCGCUGAAAUACUGGAGCUGGCUGGCAACGCUGCGCGAGACAACAAGAAAACCAGAAUCAUUCCCCGUCACCUGCAGCUCGCCAUCCGAAACGACGAGGAGCUCAACAAAUUGUUGGGGAAAGUCACCAUUGCUCAAGGGGGUGUUUUGCCCAACAUCCAGGCUGUGCUGCUGCCCAAGAAAACUGAGAGCCAUAAAGCGAAGAGCAAGUAAAAGUGACCGUCUACUAAAUCAACCCAAAGGCUCUUUUCAGAGCCACCCACAGUAACAGAAAAAGAGUUGAGUUCCUACACUAACCUAUUAUAUGCUUUUAAAAAACACGUUCUGAGUGUCGUAAAUCCUGGUUUACUUUUCAUUAAGUGAAAUAAUUUUUGUAGACUGAUUAGGGCGAAAACUUAAAUCACUGCCUCUUUUGUUUAUUAAAAACUUAAUACUUCUGUUCAUUCUACCGUGUUCCUAUUCUGAAUAAACCGGGGCGAAAAUUAUUCGGAUUUAUGUAUUUUCAUGAGUACUACAUUUCCGCCUAUAAUCUAACUAAAAAUCGAGAAUUAAAUUCAUAGAAAAAUUGCUGUAAAUUUUAAACACACCAGAAUAUUUAAUUUGUACGGGUAAAUGGAGUGGAUUCACUUAAUUCAAACAAACCCAAAGGCGGAAGGGAAAGAGGCGCGUCAUGGACCAAUCGUUGUAAAACGCGGUUUUUUCAAAUUAUCCAAUUGCUCAAAAGCGCGGACUUUUCAAAUUUUCCCCAAUCCCCGCAAAACAACUAUUCAUACUGCUUAACCGGU